UUCCCCAUUUCAGCAAGGGGUGGUGAGGAGAGAAGACUGAGUGCAAAGCCGAAAGUACAAGCAGGACGGAAAGUGAAACCGGCGCAGCCCCCAGUAUAAGACCCCUGCCCGGGAGAUGGCUGGCCACACAGGCUGGGCCCCGCUAUGGGCCAGAUGGCAGGCGACCUUGGCUGGCGGCUCAGCCUUUUGCUGCUCUCCUUGCUCCUGGCUCGAGCUGGUGUCUGGGGAUUCCCGAGACCGCCAGGGAGGUCCCCCCUGAGCCUGCAGGAGUUGCGGAGGGAGUUCAAGGUCAGCCUGCAGCUCGCCAGGAAGCUAUUCUCCGAGGUUCGGACCCAGGCCCACCGCUUUGCUGAAUCUCACCUGCCAGGAGUGAGCCUGGAUCUCCUGCCCCUGGGACAUCAGCUCCCCAACGUCUCCCUGACCUUCCAGGCCUGGCACAGCCUCUCUGACUCAGAACGACUCUGCUUCCUCUCCAUGAUGCUUCGCCCCUUCCAUGCCCUCUUGGGAGGCCUGGGAAGCCAGAGGGGCUGGACCAGCUCAGAGAAGAUGCAGCUGUGGACCAUGAGGCUGGAUCUCCGGGAUUUGCAGCAGCAUCUCCGCUUCCAGGUGCUGGCUGCGGGACUCAACCUCCCUGAGGAGGAGAAUGAGGAGAGGAAGGGGCUGCCCGAACGGGCUCCGGGUGGCCCCUCGCACAUGUCAGCACAGCUGUCCUGGCCCCAGCUCCUCUACACCUACCAGUUGCUGCACUCCUUGGAGCUUGUCUUGGCUCGGGCUGUGAGGGACUUACUCUUGCUCUCCCAAGCCGGAAACCCAGCCCCACCCUUGGGGUGCUCAACAGUCAGCUCCCAGCCCUGAUGGGAUGACUUCUCAGCCCCGUCCCUUCACCUUUCAGGAACUGAGGACUGGGGUCUGGGCAACGAGACAGCCCCCAGCUCAUUUGCCUUAAACCAGGCAGGACUCCACCGGCCUCCCACCCCAACCCCGACCCAAUAACUUAAGGCCCCUCCGGUCCCUGGCAGAUAUUUAUUUCUUGGAUAUUUAUUUAUUGUUUAGGGAAAGGAUGGUUUAUUUAUUGUUUCAGAGCCUGCUAGCUGUCCUCGGGCUAGGUCACCAUGCGGGGUGCCCAAUAAAGCACUCUCAUCCUC